GCCUGCGCAGUGCAUUGUGGGACGGUUGGAGGCGCGGCCAGCGCCCAGGACCGUCCACGUCGCCUGUGCGCAUGCACAGUUUGAGGACCCCGGCCCGUCCAGGAGCUCGCUUUCGAGUCGAGUGAGCGCUUUCCAGGGGAGGGAUGUGCAAAGUCCCUGCUCUGGCUUCUACCCCCUCUUCUUCGCAGGACAGCGGGGGUCUACUCCGUCCUGCGCGUGAUUCUGGAAACCGGGGCCUUGCUCCUCCUUGGGGUGGGGCUUCCUCUUCACUUCCAGACUUAAGCAGAGGCCUGCCGGCUCAGUACUGGAGUGCUGAGCUCAAUUCUAGCCACAUUGUCUUCUCCACAGCCUGCGCUCACUGCCAAGGAGAUGAUGGCUUCCUGUGUCCUCCUGCACACUGGACAGAAGAUGCCUCUGAUUGGUCUGGGGACAUGGAAGAGUGAGCCUGGCCAGGUGAAAGCAGCCGUCAAGCAUGCUCUUAGUGUAGGCUACCGUCAUAUUGAUUGUGCUGCUGUCUAUGGCAACGAGACUGAGAUUGGGGAGGCCCUGAAGGAAAAUGUGGGACCAGGCAAGGCAGUGCCUCGAGAGGAGCUGUUUGUGACAUCCAAGCUGUGGAACACUAAGCACCACCCUGAGGAUGUAGAAGGUGCCCUUCGGAAGACACUGGCUGACCUCCAGUUGGAGUAUCUGGACCUCUAUUUGAUUCAUUGGCCUCACGCCUUUGAGCGGGGAGACAAUCCCUUUCCCAAGAAUGCCGAUGGGACCAUGCGAUAUGACUCUAUCCACUAUAAGGACACCUGGAAGGCUCUGGAGGCACUGGUGGCAAAGGGGCUGGUGAAAGCACUGGGCUUGUCCAACUUCAACAGUCGGCAGAUUGAUGAUAUCCUCAGUGUGGCCUCUGUGCGCCCAGCUGUCUUGCAGGUGGAAUGCCAUCCAUACCUGGCCCAAAAUGAGCUCAUUGCCCACUGUCAAGCACGAGGCUUGGAGGUGACUGCUUAUAGCCCCUUGGGAUCCUCUGAUCGUGCUUGGCGCCAUCCCAACGAGCCAGUCCUGCUUGAGGAUCCAGUGGUCUUGGCACUUGCUGAAAAACAUGGCCGAUCUCCAGCUCAGAUCUUGCUCAGAUGGCAGGUUCAGCGGAAAGUAAUCUGCGUCCCCAAAAGCGUCACUCCUUCACGUAUCCUUCAGAACAUUCAGGUAUUUGAUUUCACCUUUAGCCCCGAGGAGAUGAAGCAAUUAGAUGCUCUGAACAAAAAUUGGCGGUAUAUUGUGCCCAUGAUUACGGCAUAUUUUACACUCCAUUCUCUUGCCUCAGCCUACCAAGUUCUGGGCUACACCAAGCUCUGCUUCAGUGGUCUCAUUCUCUUGAAGUUGGGGAAAAUUAGUGUGAUUCAGGUGGAUGGGAAGAUGGCCCCCAGAGAUGCUGGACACCCUCUGUAUCCCUUUAAUGACCCAUACUGAGGCCGUCAUUUCCCAGCUUCCCUUUCAGCUCUCCUGCUAAGUGUUGCCUGCUACGCCUAAGAAAAUAAAGCAAUUGGAGCAUA